UAAAAAGAAAAUUACGAAGUGCUGUCUAAAAGUGUAAGACGUAUGGUACUUCGUGAAAGUGGUGAGGAGUAAAGAAACGUACACAGAUAAGGUAUCGUGAGCGACAGUGUUUUGGUUACUAACUGUUUCUCAAGAACGAUCGUUUUCAAGUCGCCAAGUUUGAGAGGGAAAUGAUCUGCCGUUACACACGCGGUCUUCAUUCCCGAUGUUUGCUAUAAUGGUGAGCCGGUGUGUUGUUCUUGGACUUGUUAGUGCAGAAGUGAUUCGAUUUUGAUAUGACGGUGACGAAGAAAUGUGUAGAAAUGACAUUAUUUUUGCUGCUUAUAUUAUUGGUGUUUUUAGUAUCAAGUAAUAACCAACAACUUUCAAACUGCGAAUUUAAUUUGUCUUUUAAAGGCCAAAGUGUAGUGUAUAAUUUCGGCAGGUUGUCGAGGCAGGAGAGCUGGCAGACCACAAAUGGCGCAGAGAAAGCAUUCUUCUCUGUAUGUGAGCCAUUCCUCACACCUCUGCAGUACCAGCACUCUGUACUUGUUUCAGGACAACAGAAUAAAACAUGGCGUGUGGUGGUUUCAAAUGCUGGAGCAUAUCAAAUAAGUGCUCACUCAGUACUUGAGAGACCUGUGCUGGACUUGGUGGGUACACAGCCUUGUAGUGGGGGCAUGAACUACAGUACUGAGAUCUCGUUUGUCUGCUCUAGUGCGGAUCAAAACCCAGUUCUGAUAUCUGUGAGGGAGAACUGCACACUGCUUGUGAUGUGGGAGACAGUUGCAGCAUGCCCUUCUGACAAGGAUUGUGUUUUUGGUGACAGUGAUUUCAGCAGUCUACGCCACUCAGACUAUUACGAAGUUGAAACUACUGCCAGGCAAAAAUUUCUGCUAAACAUAUGUGGGCCUGUGCGUUCAGGUGCCUGCGGUGAUAUCGAUCUUGUGACAGCUUGUAAAGUUGAUGAGCAUAACAAGACAGUCAUUGGCCAUCUGGGCGGACAUCAUGUGGAGUUAUCGAAGACAACAGGCCUUGCUCUCAUUUAUACAACUGUGGAGAAAGGACCAAGGACUGAGAUCCAGUUUGUAUGUAAUGCCAGUGCAUCUUUUGCCAACGUGAAGUUUUUGAAAAAAUUAGGAGAGACAUACAUCUUUGAAGUGGAGACACCUCUGGCAUGCAAAGCGUGGCCUUAUGAGUGCAUGGUAUUGGAUCAUUAUGAUGGUCACAUUGACCUGUCUCCCUUGAGGAAGGAGAGUCACAACUGGGUCAUACAGCCCUCGUCAGGGGUACAGUACCAUAUCAAUGUAUGUGGUCCCCUGAAUCCCAUGCUCAUCAAUAUGUGUGCAGAUGGAGUUGGUGCCUGCAGGACUGAUUCCAAUUCCUCUAUCAGCUUGGGGUUCAUGACCAGAGGACUGAGAGUAACCGAGUCAAACACAGUCAUUCUGGAGUACACAGGGGGUUCCUCUUGCCCCAGUGGUGGAAUGCAUAGCAUGCAAAUUGAAUUCUCGUGCUCGAAGGUGGUUGGAAUGCCAGUGUUUGUGAGGGAAACCGCUAAGUGCGUACACCAUUUCUCCUGGGAGACCAUGGCAUCCUGCCCCUCACUGCUGGCUGUUGGGGAGAACUGCGUUGUGCAGGAGAAGCAGUAUGGGGGUAUUUUUAACCUGAUGGCACUGCACUCCCCUCAUGGGGGCUACAGCUUGACAACAGAGAAGGGAGACAAUUACCUUAUUAAUGUUUGUGGGCCACUCAACAGAACUUGCAGUGGACAGGAAGCAAGUGUGUGUCUCAUUACACAGGCCGGCAACAUGUUUGCUAUAGGCCGAGUCAACAAGACUGUGAUAUAUGAUAGUGGUGCACUUCGGUUUGUACUGUAUGGCGAGGGUUGCAAACCAGGACGGAAUGUCAGCACUGUUAUGUUCUUACUCCUAUGUAGGCAUGGCAGUGAUGUGGGACAGCCUGAGUUUUUCUCAAAGGAUGAUGACUGCAAUUUUUACUUCGUCUGGAACACGAGAGCUGCGUGUCCACCCCAUCAGUUUGUGGACUGUACUCUGAUGCAUAAUGAACAGUUUUAUGACCUGAGUCAACUCACGGACUUAAUGAGCAACCACGUGGUGGUUAAAAAUGGUCUCAUGUUCUUGCUCAAUGUGUGCCAUUCAAUUGUGUUUGGGAAAGAUGCGUUCUGUCAGUACUCAUCUGCCGCCUGUCUGUUCAACCUAUCCAACCCAGACCCUACCAGCAGGUGCAUACUUUUCAUCUAGUAUUAUCACUGUGAU